AGUUGCCUCUAUCCGGUCGCAGGGUUCUUUUUUUUCCGCAUUUCUUCGGUGUCUUUGGUCGCUUUCGCUGUGGCACUCGGUUUCAUCUUCUUCUUCUCCAAGAAAACCCUCGAAGCUUUUCGUUUUGUUUGAGAAUGGAUUCCUUCUUCCAGUCCCAGGCCGGUUUUGGAACCAGUUGGAGCUACGAAUCGCUGAAGAAUUUUAGGCAGAUCUCUCCCGCCGUGCAGAAUCACCUUAAGCUGGUUUACCUGACACUAUGUGGUGCACUAGCGGCUUCUGCAGCUGGAGCAUUCUUGCACAUUUUGUGGAACAUUGGUGGCUUCUUGACAAUGCUUGGAUGCUUCAUAAGCAUCGCUUGGUUAUUCUCUUCACCUGUAUAUGAGGAAAGAAAGAGAUUGGGCCUUCUGAUGGCUGCUUCCUUCUUUGAAGGGGCUUCUGUGGGUCCGCUGGUAAAGCUAGCCAUCGACUUUGACUCAAGCGUACUUAUAACUGCAUUUGUGGGGACUGCUCUGGCCUUCGCCUGUUUCUCUGGAGCUGCCAUAGUAGCUAAGCGGCGUGAGUUCCUUUACUUGGGUGGCUUGCUUUCUUCUGGCCUUUCCAUCCUCCUCUGGCUGCAGUUCGCAGCCUCCAUCUUUGGCCACUCUGCUGCUACAUUCAAGGUCGAGCUUUACUUCGGGCUGUUGCUAUUUCUAGGAUACGUGGUCUUUGACACUCAGGAGAUCAUUGAGAGAGCACACCUUGGGGACCUGGAUUUUAUCAAACAUGCCCUGACACUCUUCACCGACUUUGUCGCAGUUCUUGUUCGUAUUCUCAUCAUCAUGCUGAAGAAUGCGUCCGAGAAGUCUGAAGAUAAGAAGAGGAAGAAGAGAUCAUAAAGUUAGCUGGAAACGAAAACAGAGAUCAUAAACCUAGAUGCUUUGCGUUGUGAAUGCAUAAAAUUGCUACCUUUGUUCUCUUUUUUUCUGUAAAAAACGCUUUGAGUUCAUUUCUUUUCAUGGAGUAUGGUUUGUUACUAGAGAUGGUGUGUUGCCUGCUCAGGUUUGUGCAUAUGUACCGAGUCUGACGCGGUUACCGUGACGGUUUAAAUGUUUUUGUAAACGUGACCUGCUGUGGAAAGGAUGUAAUCUAGCCAAAAUAGGAACUCGUUGGGGAAAAAGCAAAUCAUCA